AUGUCCAGCACCGCCGCCGUCGGCUCCGGCACAACCGGCAACACGACCCCCAUCAAGAUAGACGAUGGUACCUCCACCGCAGAGGAGCACAGGGACAGGCCCUCGAAUAGAUACGAUCGUCUCGCGCAAAGCUUCUGCAAGCUGACCGCGUCGGAGAAGGGGAAGUUCCAGGAACUGGUGACAGCGGACCGCAGAGUUCAUUCUAUCGACAACCUUAACGACUGGCGCGAAUUCUACCUGGACCUGCUAGGGGUGAGCUGUACAGACAGCGAUCCUUAUUUUUACAGUGCGGACGCAAAAACAGAAAUCCCCCCCGUGGUGCGGAAGUUGUUCAAUGAUCCGUCCAGCUUCUCCGGCUUCAUCUACGCGAACGCGAACUGGGCGCUCUCGUGUUCGGUGUACGCUGCAGGACUCUUCACAGCCUCAAAGAAGGGGCCCCUCACGGCGAGCCACUCCGCGUACCCCACCGUCGCCACGAUGACGCAGACGCAAACGCAGCCGCAGCCGCAGCAGCCACAGAGUCAGAGCCCGCAACAGCAGGGCCCAGCGGGCAAACUGAGGGCCAACCACCACUACCGUUACGACCCCCACCGCUGGUGCCUCCACGUCCCACUGCAGGUCCAGCACACCCUCGCCUCCGCAUGGCACCCAACCACCACCUAA